ACCACCACCACAACAACGACAACCAUCAAGAGCUAGCCAAAGAAACACAUCAAUCCAGCAUCCAACAAGUCACUAGCUUGUCGAGCCGCAGCUAGCAAUGGCGGUGCGGUGGCCGUCGACCGCCGUGGCCGCGUGCGCGAUCGGCGCGAGCCUCCUAGUCCUGUGCACGCUCAUGGCGUCGUCGGCGUCCGCCCAGGCGCCGCCGCCACAGGUGCGUACGGUGCCCAAGGGCAGCAACCUGGUGGUGAUCAAGCCGGGGGGCGGGAAGCGCAACAGCAAGUUCACCUGCACCGACACCAAGAAGAAGCGGCCCGGGUGCGAGGCCACCUGCCCCAGCCGCUGCCCCAAAGAGUGCCUCGUCCUCUGCCCAUCCUGCAUGACCUUCUGCCUGUGUGACUUCUACGCGGGGGCGUCGUGCGGCGACCCGCGCUUCACCGGCGGCGACGGCAACAACUUCUACUUCCACGGCAAGAAGAACCAGGACUUCUGCAUCCUCUCCGACGACGACCUCCACAUCAACGCGCACUUCAUCGGCAACCACAACCCCGCGACGAGCCGCGACUUCACCUGGAUCCAGGCCGUGGGUGUCAUGUUCGCCCACCACCGCCUCCACCUCGGCGCCGUCCGUUCCACCCGGUGGGACUCCGACGUCGACCACCUUGACAUCGCCUUCGACGACGAGCGCGUAGAUCUGGCUCCCGCCGACGGCGCGCGCUGGUCGUCCACCUCCGUGCCAGGCCUCUCCAUCACCCGCACGGCGCAGGCCAACAACGUCGUCGUCGAGCUCAAAGGGGUGUUCCGGAUCGUGGCCAAUGCCGUGCCCAUCACCGCCGAGGAGUCAAAGGUGCACAGCUAUGGCGUCACCGCCGACGACUGCCUCGCGCACCUCGACCUCGGGUUCAAGUUCCAGGCCCUCUCCGACGACGUCCACGGCGUGCUCGGCCAGACCUACCGCUCCGACUACGUCAACAAGCUCAACGUCACCUCGAAGAUGCCCGUCAUGAGCGGCACCGCCGACUACGUCUCCUCGGCCCUGUUCGCCUCGGACUGCGCCGUCACGAGGUUCGGCCGCCCCGCCGCGGCAACAGCACGCACCGCCGGCGGCAUCGCCAUGGUCACGGACGCCAAGUACGUGUAGGCCACCGAAGAGUCAACCAGCCAGUACUUGCGUGCUAGCGUAUGUGCUGCGUCUGGCGUCAACCUUCAACUAAAGUAACGUGCACUAGCGAUCUCUACGUAUCUGAUCUGCUAAGUAAUGUUUGUUAAAGUAUUUUGUCAUGGAUUGACCAUCCUGACGAUUAAUUUGUUGGUAUAUAUAUGUAAGUGGAUAUGUAUUGUUUUGACAAUAAUUAAUUAAAAAAUGAGAAAUAAGUUCGAAGUCUA